UAAUCUAAACAUAAUUAAUUCAAGUGUGCAAUAAUUAGUCAAAUGUCAAUAGUGUUUUGAGUCAAUGCCUCUUGUUGGAGCAAUUGAUGAAGGCACAAGUAGUGUUAGAUUUUUGGUAUUUGCAGCUGAAAAUGCUGAAGUAUUGACAUAUCAUCAAAUACCAAUAAAAUUAAUAUACCCAAAAGAGGGAUGGGUUGAACAGGAUCCAAUUGAAAUACUAGAAGCAGUAAGAGAAUGUCUUAGUCAAACAGUUGUUAAUCUUCAGCAAUUAACAAUUGAUCCUUCUGAUAUUGUUGCAAUUGGUAUUGCAAAUCAACGUGAAACAACAGUUGUAUGGAGCUCAAUAACUGGUGAGCCACUUUACAAUGCAAUAUCAUGGAUGGAUAUGCGUACAGCUGAUUUAGUUGAUGAUAUAUUAAGUAAUACAAUUAAUAGUAAUAAUAAUAAUGAAAUAUACCUCAAAGAAUUAUCUGGUCUACCAAUAAGUCCAUAUUUUAGUGCAUUAAAAUUAAAAUGGUUAAUAGAUAAUGUAGAUAAUGUUAAAAAAGCAAUGUUAAAUGGUAGCUUAAUGUUUGGAACAAUUGAUUCAUGGUUGAUAUGGAAUUUAACUGGUGGUAUCAAUGGUGGUGCACAUAGUACAGAUGUUACAAAUGCAUCACGUACAAUGCUCAUGAAUAUAUCAACACUACAAUGGGAUCCAACUUUGUUAUUAUUUUUUGAUAUACCAUAUGACAUACUGCCACAAAUAAGAAGUUCAUCAGAAAUAUAUGGACACAUACAAGAAGGCUUAUUAAAAGGUGUACCAAUAUCUGGAUGUUUGGGUGAUCAACAAUCAGCACUUAUUGGUGAAAUGUGUUUACAACGUGGACAAGCUAAAAGUACAUAUGGUACUGGUUGUUUUUUACUUUAUAAUACUGGUGAAACAAUUGUUAAAUCAAAUAAUGGAUUAAUUACAACUGUUGCUUAUCAAAUGGGACCAAAAUCAAGACCAGUUUAUGCAUUGGAAGGAUCAAUUGCUAUUGCUGGUGGUGUACUUGAUUGGCUUAAAGAUAAUUUAAAUAUGCUUGAUGAAAUUAAAGAUUGUGAAAAAAUUGUUGAACAAAUACCUGGUGAUAAUAGAAUUAUUUUUGUACCAGCAUUUGCUGGUCUUUAUGCACCUUACUGGAGAAAAGAUGCAACAAGUAUUAUAUGUGGAAUAACAGAGGAUACAAAAAAAUCACAAAUAAUUAAAGCAGCAUUGCAGUCAGUUUGUUUUCAAAUUAGAGAUAUUUUAGAAGCCAUGGAAAAAGAUACUGGAUUGACAUUAACAAAAUUACUUGCUGAUGGAGCAAUGACAAAUAAUCAAUUGUUAAUGCAAAUGCAAGCUGACAUAUGUGGUAUUCCAAUUGUCAGGCCUCUUAUGAGUGAAACAACAGCACUUGGUGUUGCAAUGGCUGCUGGAAGUGCUGAGGGUAUUAAAAAAUGGGAUUUUAAAAUUGAUACAACUGUACCAAGUGAUACAUUUUUACCUUCAAUAUCAGAUAAUGAUAGAGAUAUUUUAUAUAGCAAAUGGAAAAAAGCAGUUGACAAGAGUUUAGAAUACCAGCAAGUGACCAACACAAAUGACAAUUCACCUAUUAAUUAUCAAAAUGUAACAUCAGCUGGUCUAUUUGCCAUCAGCACAGUGAUGCUAUUAAUUCUUGCCAAGCACAGAUUAAAUAUAUGACCAUCAAAAAAAACAACAUUACAUUUUUAUAAAAUAGAAAAAUAAAAAUAAUUUAUUAUCAAAGGGUUAUUAAAUUAUGCUGUUACCUUGACAGUUGCAUAGGAACCAGUACCAAUAGUUUUGCCCAAAGAAUAACCAUGUGUUUCAAGAACUGUUUGUUUUUUUUCAACUGGUUCAUCAACUUUAUCAUCUUUAACACGAGAUACACCAGAUGUUGAUGGACCUGGUCCACCUUCUGAUUUUGACAUUUUUUUUUUAUUUAAAUAAAACAAAAAUAACGAACAAAAAUAGCUUUUUUUUUCUUGAUUUUUAAUCUCCUGAUGAGAAUAAUUUUAUUUCAGUGAUCCUUUGUGCAUUUAUUAAUUAAUAAUUAUAUUAUUUCAAUCAAAAUAAUCAAGUCAAAUCACUAAAUAUAUAUAAAAAUAAUUUAUUUAAAUAAAAAAAUUUCUUUCAAUAGAAAAAGUCAUUAUAAAAUUCAAAAAAAAUAAAUAAAUAAAUAUUCCUUUGUUUAUAUAUAUAAUGUUUAAUUUUAAAUUAUUAUUAUUUGUUAAUUAAAUAUAGAUGGCGUGAUGAUUAAUUAAUAAUAAAAAUAUAAAAA